GCUGGACAAGAAGAGACCAGUACAGUCAAAGGGUUCUAAGUUUUUAUGCUUCUGUGCUGGCCGUCAAUUUCAGCAAGUACUUCAAUACAGCAACUUCUCUAUUAUCUCUUCUCAGCAUCUUUGGGUGGUGCUCAUGGCCAUCAUCAUCUAGUUCCACUGGAGCCUGAGCCUGGACGUUGGCAAACAGGAUACUAGGCAGGGCAGCCCGCUGUGUUCUUGAUGCUGGCUCGUUUUCCUCAUGGUCACCGCUUCAUGCUGCAUGCUUUGUUGUUCCUCAGGAUCUCGCUCGGCCAGCUUGAAUCCAAGUUUAAAAACAGCGGUUGGAAUGAAGAAACGAAAAAACAACUACAUGAAAUCAAAACAGAAAGCAUCUCACUAAAAGGGUUCAUCACCAGAUAUAUUCUUAACACCAGGACUGUAAUUGAUGACGAAAGAUUGAAGAAAGUGGCAUUUGGAGAAAAACGGAAGGGCAAACCUCAUAAAACCAUGUUAAUAGUUGGAGAAACAGGAGUGGGGAAGUCGACUCUCAUCAACGCCAUGGUCAACUACAUGCUUGGUGUUGAGAGUAAAGACAGAAUUUGGUUUGAGGUCAUAGAGACAAAAGAAGAGCAGUCUGAUUCUCAGACUCAUGCAGUCACGGUAUAUGACGUGUUUACUGAACACUGCCCAUUUUCUCUGACCGUCAUUGACACGCCUGGGUUCGGAAGCACCAAAGGAAUAAAUGAGGAUUUGAUUGUUGCUGAAGGUCUUCACGAGUUAUUCAAGUGUAAAGAUGGUGUUGAUGAACUUAACGUUGUGUGUCUGGUGAUGAAAUCCAGCACCAAUCGACUCACUGAAAGGCAGCACUAUGUUUUCAAUGCAGUUCUCUCCUUAUUUGGCAAUGAUGUGGAGAAAAACAUAGUGCUGUUUGUCACACAUGCACCAACAAAGCCUACAAAUGCCAUUAAAGUCAUCAAGCAGUCCAAAGUCCCAUGUGCUCUGACUGCUAAAGGAGAGCCGGUGCAUUUCAUGUUCAACAACGGUCACUGUGAAGACUUUAAUAAUGAGGAAAUAUCAGAUAAUUAUCAAGCUUCAUGGAAUCUGUUGAACACAACCAUGGAGAACUUUCUCUCAUUUCUGCAAGAACUUAAACCCAUAAACCUGAAGAUAACUGAAGCAGUGCUGAAAAAACGCAAACAACUGACUUCAUCCAUCUUUGGUAUAAAGAAUAAGAUCAUACAAGCAGAACAGAAACAGAAAGAGCUCGAGCAGACAAAAGAGGCUUUAAAGGAACAUGAGAAAAAAGGUGACCAUCAUAACUGGGAAUAUUACGUGGAUGAACCUUACAAUGCAAAGGAAUCAAUAGAAUACAGCUUGUGGAACAUGUUCACCACAAAAGCCAUGUGCUGUCGAGUCUGUGAGGCAAACUGUCAUUAUCCAGGAUGCUGGUGGGUCAGUGAUCUCUCAAAGUGUAGCAUGAUGUCUAAAGGGAUGUGCACAGUGUGUGAGUGUCCCGUUAGUAAUCACGAUAAAGAGGGCAAAAUCUAUGUCCCGAAGACAAGGAGGGUGAAGAAGACUAAGGAAGAUCUGAAAAAGAAAUACGAGAUAGAGUCUGGAGAGAUCAAGACCUUGAUGAGUAGAAUAGAGAAUGAUAUGAGAAAAAUGGAAAAAGAGAAGAGCCGCCUGGUGGAGGAAUGUUAUGAGUGUGUUGUCUUGAUGGAGGAGAUCGCCUUGAAGAGUGACUCUGUGUUUACACUGCAGCAUAUGGACUUCCUGAUUGAGAAAGUGAAGGAAACAGGAAACACAGCUCGAGUGCAGAAACUGCAAGAGAUGAAAAAUAAAAUGGAGGAAAAAUCAUCAAAGGCAUUGGCUGCUUUGAAAUCCCUGCAGUAAUUAAGAUUUGCUAAAACUUCAUAUAAGACCAAUCAUCAUAUAUUCAUCAGGAUUAGUUAGCUUAUUUUCACUUAACACGAUCUGGCCAUUAAAUAUGAAUCUCAAAAGAGCUUGUGGAGCUCUUAGAGUUCUGCAUGGAUAUAAAGAUAAAACAGCUCUCAAAAGCUUUCCGGAGGUUAGACAAGAGAAGAUGAGAAGAAACUGACUUUGUUGGUGAAUUGUUCAUAUUUACAUCAAGUCUUUGUUGGACGAGGAACCUUUGACGAGCUCUCAGAAGCCUCUGGAACAUUUGAGAUGAUGAUUUUCAGCUGGUUGCGUGUUAAUCUUUGUAAUCAAUGUCUGAUCCUCCACAGCAUCCUUUAAGAUUGGUCUAUGUUCACUUUCAUUAAUGGUUUCCUACAUUACCCACCAUAUCAGUCGACUUAUAGUGGAGCAGUGGGGUUUGGCAUCAUCCUUGCUUCGUCUGCUACUGAACGAGGGAUGCAGUGAUGCUCCAGUCCUUUCAUUCUGACCAGCUCAUCCUCCACUUCCUCCUCUGUUAUACUCUGCUCAAACAGACCAAACUCUUCCUGUGAUACCUGCUUAAGUGCUGUCUACACUUUCCUGUCUGUUAAGAAGAAAGAUAUUUGGACCCCAACAGACUCCAUAAUCCUCCAAUUCUGUGUUCCUGGACUGUGGUAUAUUCUGUGUUGGACUGGUAACAGCUUGCACAUGCCUCCUGUGGCCAGUAGGGCUUCAGGAUGAAUAAGCUUUGCUCAUAAACAGUAACAUAAGCAUCAUAAACAUACUCUGUGUAUGGUUUACUUUCCUGUCUCUCUGGAAUGGUUUACUUCUCCUGUCUGUCUUGUGUACUCUGCAUGUGUACUCGUGUGCUACAUUUAUACCCCACACUUACUGCAUGAACUUUAAUGGAUCUUCUUGACCUCUAUUAUCUGUAGGAGUUGAUGCCUUGUGUUUCUGCCACAUGAUUGGCCGAUUGGAUAAAUGCAUUAAUGAACAGAUGUUACAGGUGUUACUAUUAAAGUGAUAGAGUUUUUUGCCUUCAUAUCGAAACAUGUCAAGAACUUUAACAAAAUUAAAUUGUGUGUAAAGACGCUCUGCAUAAUGACCAUAAUAAUUUUAUAUCUAACUAUAACUAAUCAAUAAAAACUGAUUAUACUC